CGGUCCCUGGCACACGCCUGGCACUGCUCUGCUGCCGGGGUUAUUGGUCUAAAAUAGGCCCAUGGUUCUGGCUUGCAGGCAAUGACUGGUCUGGGCUACUCGGCCAUUGAACAUCUCCUGAGCUGCUGGACCAGGCAGGCUUGUCCCUGGAGGCCAAGAGUUAAUCUAAAGUGCCCCCCACUGAGGGUGCUUUCCCUGGGGGCCUGGUGGGUCCAGGGGGCAGCUGGGUGGGAUGGAGCGUGAUGGGCUCGGCCUAGCCUGGCACUCUGAGCGUCUCUGCGCCACCCCCUUCAGGCACCAUGGAAUGCCACACAGAGGAGAAGGCCAACAAGAUCAAGGCGGACUACGAGAAGCGGCUGAAGGAGAUGAAUCGGGACCUGCAGAAGCUGCAGGCAGCCCAGAAGGAAUGUGCUCGCCUGCUCAAGAACCAGUCGCGCUAUGAGCGGGAGCUCAAGAAGCUGCAGGCUGAGGUGGCAGAGAUGAAGAAGGCAAAGGUGGCACUGAUGAAGCAGAUGCGGGAGGAGCAGCAGCGGAGGCGGCUGGUGGAGACCAAGCGGAAUCGGGAGAUCGCCCAGCUGAAGAAGGAGCAGCGCAGGCAGGAGUUUCAGAUCCGGGCGCUGGAGUCUCAGAAGCGGCAGCAGGAAAUCGUGCUGCGAAGGAAAACCCAGGAGGUCUCUGCUCUGCGCCGCCUGGCCAAGCCCAUGUCGGACCGGGUCUCUGGGAGGCUGAGUCAGAAGCCAGCCAUGCUGGACUCUGGUGCGGAGGGUCCGCCAGCACCACCUCCUCGGAACCGGAGUUCGGCUCUCGCUCGGUCUCCAGCAUCGUGCGCCAGUGGAACCGGAAAAUCGACCACUUCCUGGAAGACCCUUUGCCCUCCAUGAAUGGGGCUCGGCCCAUCAGGAAGAAGUUCCCAAAGAAGGGGAUGAGCCAGACCUUCAGCAAGGCAGCCCGGCUCAAGUGGCAGUUGCUGGAGCGGCGCAUCUUUG